AUGAAUAAUAGACAUGAAAACGACAGCGAUAGUGAUACUGCAGAAGACCUACAAUCGGACAGUUCUGAAUGGAUUAGUUGUACAGAAUCCAAAGAAAUACCCUUGAGAAUACCGUUCAUAGCCGGCGAUACUCCUGCAGAACCGCACAUACUCCUAGACAAGAAAGAACCGUUGUAUUUUUUCAAACUGUUUUUUACUAAUGAACUCGUGAAUGAAAUAGUUACUGAAACAAAUAACUACGCUAGAAAAAAGUUAGAGAAUAAGACGCCAUCACAGUAUUCAAUAUGGCGAGCUUGGCACAGUGUGACUAUCGAAGAAAUGUGGGCAUUUAUUGGAGUCAUAAUAAAUAUGGGGAUAAUGCCGUUGGCGAAUUUAUUCAAUCAGAUUUUUUGGAUGCUUCAUCUAAAAACAAUCCCAACACGAGAUACUGGUCCAAGAAUACGUUUAGAGCUAAUAAGCUGCUUUCUUGAAUACAUAAAUUCUAAAGUUUUAGAGUAUUUUACACCGGAAAAAGAAAUUUGUGUGGAUGAGUCAAUUAUCAAAUUCAAAGGUCGGAUUUCCUUUAUCACUUACAAUCCGAAAAAACCAACCAAAUGGUGUGUUAGAGUUUACACAAUGACAGACUCAAAUACUGGGUAUAUCUGUGGUAUUUUUUCUUAUUAUGGAAGUUUUACAACGGAGAAAUUGAUAAAGCCUGACCUUCCAAUAUCAGCAAGAAUACUGCUGCACCUUUGUACGAUGCUGCUGAAGAAAAUACCUGGUACUCAAGGACACCAUAUGUUCACCGAUCGGUAUUACACCAGCUUUAUCUUGGCUGAAGAAUUAUUCAAAUUGAAGUGUCAUCUGACAAGAACAAUCUUAACGAAUAGGAAGAAUUUGCCAAAUCAAAUAAAAAAAAACAACAUUCCGCAAGAAAUUGACAGUAGCAUACCGCAAAAGAAAUACUUUAGUUUUAGCAUUUAG